AUGUCCACUAAAACGGGCGACCUUGGGUCGCCCGAAAAUAAUUCAACCAAGUCAACGGAGAACGCAAAAAACGACAGGGCUGUAAAAAACGAUAACAUCGAUGUCAACAAUAAAUAUAAUCUAUCGGACAUUGGCCCCUACUUUGUUUAUGUUCAAAGCAAAGAAAAUUCUCAACGAUUAUUUCCACUAAGAGUUGGCCAUUAUUUAUUUUCCAAUGAUAUUUUUAAAAAAUCAGUCGAAAAUAUUCAAUCUUUGGGUUUUAGUAGAGUUAAAGUUAUUUUGAAAUCGGCAAAUGCAGCAAAUUUAUUAGUAAAUCACGAAAUUCUUACUGCACAAAACCUUAUAUCAUAUAUUCCAAAAUACUUUACACAAAAAAAAGGAGUAAUACGAAUGGUAGACACCUUUUUUGAUGACGAUUACAUCAUGAAUAAUAUUCAGUCAGAUAGGAAAGUUAUUGAAAUUAAAAGAAUGCAUCGCAGGGUUACUGAUAACGGGGAAAUAAAAACUGUUAGAAGGCAAAUGGAGAUGGAUAUUUCAUCAAAUCGAAACAAGAUUAUUGAUAUUGAAAGCUUGACUGGGAGACUAAGAAUAUUAAAAAACGAAGCCGCCGUGAAAAGAAAAGAAAAAGAGAAGGCCAAGUAUGAGGAAAAAAAGCGAAGGGAGAAGCAAAGAUACUACAAAAAAAAACAAGCGCAACUUGCCAUACAAAAAGGAUCUAAGAUAACAAAAAAAAUAGCUACCAAGAUAAAUAAAGCCGUUUCAACUGAGGAGAAGAGAAGAAAAGAAAGGGAAAAGAAAAGGAGGCAGCGCCAAAAAUUAAAGGAAAACAAGGAAAAACACGAAGAAUAUUGUAAAAAAGAAAGAGAAAAUUAUCAGAAAAAAAAGAGUUUAGGAAAAAUUAAGUUGAUAGCUGAAAUGAACAAAAGGGAACAACGCCUUCAAAGAAAACAGUGGCGUAUGAGACAACAUAAACGCCGGAUGAAACUUAAAAACGUUGAAAAUUUUCUAAGUUACAACAGUCCGCCAGAGAGCAGAGCAGUUACUCCCGAUAAUCAAAGACCAGAAUCUCCUGUUGUUUUAGAUUUAUCUGUCAAUGAAGGUUUAAAUCAAAUACCUGGACUAGAAAAAUCUGAUCAGAGAAAAACACAUAAACGAACACCCAAAGAAGCAUUGUCAAAUACUGAAAAUACAAAACUUACUAAUAAACUAAAACAGGCAGAAAGGCUAUUAAAUGAAACACAGCAUAAACUUAACAUUGCAAAAGCCAAGGCUGAGCGAUAUAAAAAGCAGCUACAAAGGGAGCAUAGAAAAUUACUUCGAAAAUCUUCGACAACACCGACUCUAAAUACAAAAGUUGAUGGUAUUAUACAACGGGGAGAUACAAAAGAAAUAAAAAAACAGUUACUGUUUGGUGAAGUUUUGCAGGAACAAAUCAAAUCAAACCUGCAAUCAUGUUCUACCGAAAUUGAAAAGCAGAUAGCCAGUAAAAUAAUUAGCGGUAGGGUCGCAAAAAAGUACCGAGUAGCUGGAAAAAUGAACAGUUUAAUUUCCAACCAUCGAUACAACAGAUCACUUCGUCAAACAGAGAUAAUGCCAUCUAGAAAAAUACGAAUGGAAGAAUAUGCUCAAAAAAUCAAAAAACUGAUUUUUGAUUUUUUUGUCAGUGAUGAAGUUUCAGUUCAAACUCCGGGGAAAAAGGAUUGUAUUACUGUGAGACAACAAAAAAUGCAAAAAAGGUUUCUUAAUGACACCCUAACAAAUUUGUACAAGAAAUUCAUAACUAAACAUCAGAAAAAUGAUCACAAUCAUGAAGGUAAUCCUCAAAAAUUUGAAUCUUUCAAAAUAAUCAACGCAAUUAAAUCUGAUGCUACUACAUCCCGUGAUGCCUCCAGAGCCAUCAUCUCAAGGCAGUGUUCUGAAGGUGGUGAGGUUAUUUGUGCAUCUCUACCAACCGUCAGUGGCUUAGGCCAAUGUGUGCGCCGUACAAGACAACAAAAAAAUAAAGGAAUUAGUGUUCCAAGUACGAUAGAGGAUUUAAACGUUCCUGAAGGAUUAACGAAGACAAAAAAAGCUAAAAAACCAUCUAUAUGGAAGUUUCUAGAAGGUAUUCAAAAUGAGCAGGGGCUGACGGAAAUGAAAAUAUCUCUGAGGAUGUGGCGAAACAAUUUUAAAGCCAAAAAAGGCCGAAAGUCAUUCAGAAAGGUUAAAGACGCUUGUAAGCAGCUUUCAAGACAAUUAUCAAAAUGA